GCCGCUUCCGGCCGCGCCCUUCCGCUCCCAGAGCGCCCCGCGCCGCAUCAUGGACCACAAUGACAAUGAUUUGCAAGGAACAAAUAGUUCAGGAUCAUUGGGUGGUCUUGAUGUCCGUAGAAGAAUCCCUAUAAAGCUUAUUUCAAAACAGACCAAUAAAACCAAACCUGCACCUCGAACUCCAAGAAAUAUGAACAGGAUGCCUUCAAAGACACAAGCUGGUGAUGAAGAAGAAUUCGAUUAUAACAAAGAGGAGCGAUACGAAUGUAAAGGAAGUGAAAUGUUUGGCAAUCAAAGGAGAUUUCCCGGGCCCAUCUUUUGGGAUUAUAAGAUAAACUUGCUGGGGGAAAAGGAUGAUACACCAGUCCAUUUCUGUGAUAAGUGUGGAUUGCCCAUCAAAAUGUAUGGACGCAUGAUACCUUGCAAGCAUGUUUUCUGCUAUGACUGUGCUAUACUACAUGAGAAAAAGGGAGACAAGAUGUGUCCGGGCUGUAAUGAACCUGUGCAACGAAUUGAGCAGUGUGUACGAGGGUCUCUCUUCAUGUGUAGCAUUGUUCAAGGAUGCAAGAGAACUUACCUGUCGCAGAGGGACUUACAAGCUCACAUCAACCACCGCCACAUGAGGGCUGGCAAGCCUGUCACUCGUCCCCCCAUCGAACCCGUGCAUCCUCCUAUUGCCCCACCGCCGGCCGAGAUCCCUGAGCGUUUCAUCAUGCCCCCUGAGAAGCACCACCUGAGCCACAUCCCGCCCAAGCAGCACAUCCUGAUGCCCCCGCCUCCUCUGCAGCACGUGCCGCACGAGCACUACAACCAGCCCCACGAGGACAUCCGCGCUCCUCCCGCCGAGAUGGCCAUGGCGCCGCCGCCCCCGCGCCCCGUCAGCCAGGACACCUUCCGCAUCUCGACCAGGAAACACAGCAACUUGAUAACUGUGCCCAUCCAGGAUGAUUCCAGUUCGGGCGCUCGAGAACCGCCUCCGCCCGCGCCCGCUCCUGCUCACCACCACCCCGAGUACCAGGGCCAGCCGGUGGUGUCCCACCCUCAUCACAUCAUGCCUCCCCAGCAGCACUAUGCGCCGCCCCCGCCGCCGCCGCCGCCCAUCAGCCACCCUCUGCAGCACCCUCCGCAGGCGGCGGGCACGCCUCACAUGGUGUACAGCCAGGCUCCGCCGCCGCCCAUGACCUCUGCCCCCCCGCCCAUCACCCCUCCGCCCGGACACAUCAUUGCCCAGAUGCCGCCCUACAUGAACCAUCCUCCUCCGGGACCGCCCCCUCCUCAGCACGGCGGCCCGCCCGUAAAUGUAAACGCGCCCCCGCCCCAUCACUAUAAUCCCAACUCUUUGCCGCAGUUCAGUGAAGAUCAAGGAACUCUCAGUCCCCCUUUCACACAGCCCGGGGGAAUGAGCCCAGGGAUAUGGCCGGCUCCAAGGGGGCCGCCUCCUCCUCCCAGGAUGCAAGGGCCUCCUGCUCAGGCCCCCCUUCCUGGACCGCAUCACCCCGAUCAAGCCAGAUACAGACCCUAUUACCAAUGAUACGAGCAACUAUAUAAAUAGAGAAUGCCAUGAAGAGAAUAAAAUUAAAUACAGAAGCCUUUUGAUUAAUUGUUUUGGGGUUAUUUUGUUGUGGUUUUUUAAGAAUACUGUCAUUUUGACUGUAAGACAUUUUGAGGUUUGAAUCUUAAAAGAUUUUUAAGCCUUGGCCGUAGGACUCUUAACUUCAAAUACUCUGUAGUGCUAAAAUAAGUGGCUUAGUAGACCACAGUUGCAUUUUAACAGAACUUCUGUUGCUAGUGUGGCUAAAUUGUCCUGAGAUGAUCACUUGUAAUAUUAUUUCCUGGAGAAGAUGAACACGUGUUGUACCAUUCUGAAUAUUGUUUUUGUUAAAUCCAGUGUUUUUGUUAACCUGUGUACAAUAAUUAAAUUGAAAUAUGGUUGUAAAUGUGGUGAGUUUUUAUAUGAAGUAAACAUACACAUAGUUCUGGGACACCAUUUCAACACGUAUACCUUCGAAACAGUAGUGUAGUGAAGUAUUAAAGGAAUUUUAAUAUUUCUCCUACUGCCAUUUACCAUUACUCAUAGGGAUUUCAGGCUGUAAUAAAUUCUUGGCACUAGAAAUCAGACAUGCAGAACUCUGCAUUUACCACAUUCCAGCUUUUCUGGGUUUUUUUUUAUGCAUCAAAGUGAAUCCAUCAAAGAUACGGCUUUGGGCAUGACAUGAAACCAUGUGUUGUGGGUUUUUUUGUUUGGGUUUUUUGGAGUUUGUUUUAAAGCUAGUUUUGAUUCAUUGAGAAGGUUCUGUUUACAUGUAAGCUACUCAAUGGAGUUGAAUUCAAACUACUGUGUUUGUGUGGAAGUGGCUCUGAACUGGCUUGCCAUGUCCAUGAAAAGCAGCUUCUUUUAGGUAGGGAAGUCAUCUUUGCCUGUCUCACUUUAUAUAAUGUGUACAGAAGAAACCUUCCCCUUUGGAUAAAAGAGAAGUGGUCUGAAAUCCCAUGUGUAGAAAUAAAAAGGUACACAUUA